AUGGCGCUGCCAGACUCUCGCGCCUGCUGGCCCGUGGCAGCCUGCGCGGCCGUGUUCGUCUUCUUCGGCAUGAUGUUGACCAAGUCGGAGUCCGUCAUGUACAUAGGAUUUAUGGGCAUGCUGCACAUCAACCGCGAGGAAGCGUCGUGGCCACUGACGAUCGCCAUCAUCAUGUCGCAGCUCCUAGGGCCCCUGUACGGAUUGCUUGGCCUGUGGCUUUCGGACCGGAUCCUGCUUGUGGCCGGUGCCCUUCUCUGCGCACUGCCUGUGAUGGCCUGCGCCCUGGCACAGAACCUGGGACAAGUCAUUUUUCUAUACGGUGUCCUCUAUGGCCUGGGCGUGGCUUGUGAAGAGCUGUUGCCGUUCACGGUAGUGGCUCGGCAUUUCGUUCGUUACCGAGGCACGGCCAUGGGCCUGCUGUUCGUGGUGACUGCCAUGUCCGGCUUCGUAUCACCGCUGAUCGUCGAGACAUUGCGGCAGGCCUUCGACUUCCGCAUAGCUUUGCUCAUACUGGGAGCCUUGCAGCUGAACAUGCUGUUCGGCUGCAUUUACGUCGACCGCGUCCCCCGUAGCGAUGACAACUGCUCCAGCGGCCAUAACGGCUCCGAGCUGCCCAAGUCACCGCUUGCUGUCAGGCGACCAAGAAGGAGCAGUUUCCAGGCCGCGUCGUUCGCACAUUCUUGUUCUAAGAGCCUCGUCGAAUCGUUUACAGCGGUCAGUGGCCACGCCGAUGGCCUGAAAGCGGGACGCCUGUCACGCAGGUCCAUCCCGCCCAACCUGCGGCCACGCGAGGCGGACUCGCUUCUCGAGAAGUGCGACUCACCGUCGAGGAGGCUCGCACGCAACAUGCGCUCGCUGCUGUCCGCGCAGUUCCUUCACGUGGCGGCAUCUCGGGCGGUGUCGCUCUUUGUGCUCUCGUCGUUCCUGCUGACCGCCGUUGACUUCGGCUCGGACAACGGUCUCAGCGGAUACGAGGCUGUCGCCCUGGUCACCGUCAGCGCCGUCGGGGACCUGGUGUCGAGGAUAGGCACCGGCUUGAUUCUGGACUCGAAGGUGAUAAGCGCCGACGCCUUGAUGCUCUGGAGCUUCGCCAUCCAGGCAGCCUCCUUGGCUGUCAUGGCGCUGGACAAGCGCUACUGGAUCCUCCUAGCCAGCUGCUUCUUCACCGGCGUAACGGGCGGCGGACGAAUAUUCGCCUGCACCGUCAUGGUUGCCGAGCUGUUCGACGAGCGAUCGCUACCACUAAGCCUGGGCGUCACGAAUUUCAUCGCCGGCAUAAUCUGCCUCGCACGGCCACCGCUCAUUGGUUACAUUCGGGACGUCAUGGGUUCCUACGACGCGCUGUACAUAUCAUUUGCUGUCACCAACGCCAUUUUCACGAUAACGUGGGCGAUAAGCCUGUGCUGGCAAAAAUGCCAUAGGAAACGGGAGUGGCAUUUCAUCGACGAUUUUGCAGGUGAGGAGCAGGAGACACGAAACUGA